AUGCCGGGCUCGCUUGCCGAUUACCUAGCGAAGAACUAUCUCACAGCAGACCCGGCCACCGAGCGGCCAAAGAAGAAGCGCAAGAAGACCAAGGCCGUCGACACUUCAGGCUCUGGUCUCAUCAUUGCCGACGAUGAUCCCCCAGACAUCCGCGCCUCGUUAGGCAACCGACGUGAAGAUGACGAGGACAGCCCAUACGUCGACACAUCUGCUAAAACAGCGGAAUUCCGUCGAGCUAAGAAAUCAGGCUGGAAGACCAUUGGAGGACCGGCGCCCGGUCAGGCAAGCGAACAAGAAGCUGCCGACGCGAUCCUUGCCUCCGCAGCAGCCGAACGAGCCGCGGAACAAGACCAAGACAACGAGGACGAUCCAACAGUCGACGAUGACGAUGAUGGAGCAGGGCGCAUGGAAUCGGGCGCACGCGGUGGUCUUCAAACUGCGGCCCAGACCGCGGCGAUGGUGAAGGCACAGGAAAAGCGCCGCAAGGCCGAAGAAGCACUCUACCGCGACCCUUCCGCUGCGAACGAAAAAUCCCAAGAAACGAUCUACCGAGACGCCUCCGGACGCAUCAUCAAUGUAGCCAUGAAGCGCGCAGAAGCCCGACGAGCGGAAGAAGAAAAGCGCGAAAAAGAAGAACAAGCACGCGAUGCCCAGAUGGGCGAUGUUCAACGACAACAGCGCGCGGACCGCAAACAAGAACUACAGAAUGCCAAAGGAAUGACUCUGGGGCGGACGAUCGAUGACGAAGAUAUGAACGACGAGAUGAAGGCCAAGGAUCGGUGGAACGAUCCUGCUGCGCAGUUCCUGACUGAGCGCCGUGACGCCGGGGCCAGUGUCACAGGGAAACCUCUGUAUAAGGGUUCUUUCCAGCCAAACCGGUAUGGAAUUCGGCCUGGGCAUCGGUGGGAUGGAGUGGAUCGGGCCAAUGGGUUCGAGAAGGAUUGGUUUGCCGCACGGAAUAAGAAGAGUCGGUUCGAGGCACUGGAUUAUCAAUGGCAGAUGGAUGAAUAG